AUGGACUUCGGAAAGCAAGGCAUUCGGCUCCAGCAGGUUAGCGAGCAGGCCGACUCGCGGCUGUUCCAGCCGUCGUCGCUGAAACGCAAGAAUCUCAAACAUUUGAGGCUUGGCGGAGGGCCUAACUCCGCGGGAACAACAGAAGCAUUCAACGGACCGGUCUUGAACCGUGUGGUGAGCUCUGCAACGUCUCCAGGUGCGUUCAUGCAACAGCAGCCCAGUCCAACCACGUCGGAUCUGUCGUCUGCGGGCAUCACACCCACAGACGAAUCGGUCAAGGAGCUGGGCGCAGAUUUCGAAAACUUAUCGUUAUUCAAAGACAGCACAAUAGAACUACAAGAUCUGGUGCAGCUGGGAAAAAUCGGGUCCGGAAACUCAGGUACCGUGUUGAAAACUUUGCAUGUCCCAGACUCCCGCAUUAUUGCGAAAAAAUCCAUACCUGUGGAAAACAAGCCUCUCAUCAAGAACCAGCUUAUACGCGAACUGACAAUCAUGCAGAAUGUGAAGACACACGAAAACAUAGUUGGGUUUUUUGGGGCGUUCUACACGGCGUCUACAACGAAUGAGAUUGUCAUUCUCAUGGAAUACAUGGAUUGCGGCUCACUCGAUAAGAUCAUGUCGACCUAUAAAUCGUUUGUCAGACGGGGGUCUCCAGACGCUUCGGAAAAUUGGUUCAACGAACUGGUCCUGGCUAAAAUUUCGUUUGCGGUAUUAAAUGGGCUCUCUUACCUCUACCGAGACUACAAGAUCAUUCAUCGGGAUAUUAAACCGUCCAAUGUUCUGAUCAAUAGUAAAGGAUACGUCAAGAUAUGUGAUUUCGGAGUUUCCAAAAAACUCAUAAACUCCAUUGCAGAUACGUUUGUCGGGACUUCCACAUACAUGUCGCCCGAGCGCAUCCAGGGCAGUGUCUACACAACCAAGGGUGACGUAUGGUCACUGGGACUUAUGAUUGUGGAACUUGUCACUGGCGAGUUUCCAUUGGGUGGCCAUUCUGACACUCCAGAAGGAAUUUUGGACCUUUUGCAGCGAAUCGUUAAUGAACCUCCCCCUAGACUGCGGCAGGGCCCGCAGCAUUCACGAGAAAUGGUCGAUUUUGUCAAUAAGUGCUGUGUGAAGGAUGAACAAGAAAGAUCGUCGCUACAAGAACUUUUGUGCCACGAUUUUGUGGAGAAAGGACGGUCGCAGGGUGACCGGGAGUUCCGACAUUGGUGCAAACGCAUUAAAAAGAGACUUAAAGAAGACAAGAUGUUGCAACGAGAGGAAAAUGAGAGAGCCAAGCUGGUCAAGCGCCAGUUGGAAAGUGCCGCAAAUGCGGCCACAGCGGCCAGGAGUCGUUAA